AUGGCAGAAGCAAUUUUGCUCCAGCAAGGGCAUACAAGUGAAAAAUUGAUGGAAGAAGCCUUGCAUAUCCAUAGAAUCAUUCCACAGAGAAGUAUUGAUGAGAUAUACUUAUCACUUGAAACUUUCUGUGAUGAUCCAAAGAGGGUAAAGAGAGUUGUGCUCAAGUUUUUGGGUCAUGUAAAGGAAGGCAGUGCCACUGCUGAUGAUGCCAUUGAAGAAUUAUCUAAGAGACCUAAGGAAAUAAACUAUAAUGAUGAGCAUAAUCAACCAUCUACAUCAGGGAUACCAUCAAAAAAGCCUUCUGAAAUUCCUGUUACGAGUGAUGCAAAUGGAGACAAUGGGAUUAAGCCCCUGACAACUAGAGAUAUACCAGUGGAUGUUGAUGUGUCAGCACAUAGUGAUUCUCUUCCUGCUGAAAGUGACAAAUGUGUCAUAGCAGAUGAAGCAUCAACUUCUUUUUCAGAUCCUACAGUUCCAGGCUGUGUUGGAAAUGGAAAUCAUAAGAACAUGUUUGACAGGAUCCUUCAAGCUGACUUAACACUGCCUGGACCAUCUACUGCAAACUAUGAUGAUUUACUUGUCCCUCCUCCUCAACUUGAUGACAGCGAUGUUGUAUACACUGAUGUUAAUGAGGUGGAUGGUGAAAAGAAACAAGCAUAUUACAAUACUCUCAUGAAAAUUUUUCCUGAUGCUCAAAAGGAUUUUGUGAAAGGCAUGUGUGAUAAAUGUUCACAAGAUGCCAACUGGUUAAGUAAUGCUACAUCAAGUUUAUUGGUAAAUGGUUACCCAAAAGCUGCAGAUAACAGUGAACAGGAAGUGGAGCUAGUAGCAAACCAGGAGCUUUCUGGAAGAAUAGAAGAAAAUUAUUGUGACCUGCUUGCUAUAACUCCAGAUAACAGUGAACAGGAAGUGGAGCUAGCAGCAAACCAGGAACUCUCUGGAAGAACAGAAGAAAAUUAUUGUAAUCUGCUUGCUAUAUUUCCAAAUGCUGAUCCAACUUAUAUAAGAGAGACCUGUGAACGGAUUGCAGAUGAUGAAGACGCAAUGAAAAAAUUUGUUAAUGACACUUUAGAAAGUGGCAAGUACCCAACACUAGCAGAGUAUGAGGAACAAAUGAAAGUAGUGGAAAUUAGAGAGAAAUACCUAAAAAAUUUCAAAAUUGAAGAGUUUUUGGAAAUUUUUCCUGAUCCUUUUAAGUACUUUUUUGAAGAAAAAAAGAAUGACAAAAUUAAUUCUGAGUUAAGUUUAAAUUAUCUGAAAUCCCAUUAUAAGGAAAUAUGUACAGCAGUUUUGCAAGAAUGUUUGAUGAAAAAUGAAUACAGUCUCACUAAAUCGUGUGCAGAGUUAGAUAAGCACCAAAAUUUUACAAAAUCAUCACAUGGUGAACUUGAAAUACAGUACAGUGAAAAUGAUGUGAAGGAUAUUUCAUUUAUGCAGGAGGUAGCUUUUAUUGAAAACAGACAAGAUAUAGAAACUUAUCUUAAUGAAAAGGAACUGAAGAGAGUCGAAUCACUUAGAAAGGCUAAGGAAAAUAAUGAAUUGCUGGAGUGUGGUUGUUGCUACGAUAAUGAAGUUUUAGCAGAGGACGUUGUCACCUGUGCUGAAGGUGAUAUAUUCUGCAAAACCUGCUUACAGACAUAUGCUGAAAACCAAAUUGGAGAUGGAAAAACUGUCUUCACAUGUUUAAGUAAUUGCACAGCAGAAUUCAGUCUCAAGAUGUUGCAGCGUGUUCUCAAACCUUCAGUUUUUUCAAAAAUGUUACAAAGGAAGCAAAUGGAAGAGAUUAAAUCAGCAGCCAUUUGUGGCUUAGAAGUAUGCCCUUUCUGUGAUUUUGCUUCCAUUCCUCCAGAAGAAGAUAAAGUAUUUUGCUGUCUCAAUCCAGAAUGCAUGAAGGAAUCUUGCAGAAAAUGUAAAGAACUUAAUCAUAUACCUCUGCGAUGCGAAGAAGUUGAGAAACCAGAAGAAGUGAAGAUAAGAACUUACAUAGAAGAUAGAAUGACAGAGGCUUUGAUAAGAACAUGUUGGAGAUGUGGAAAAAAAUUUAUCAAAAUUGAUGGUUGCAAUAAAAUGACAUGCACCUGUGGGGCUCUAAUGUGCUACAUUUGUCGCAAACCUGUAAAUGGUUAUGAUCAUUUUAAUGAAGAAGGUGGUACAAACUAUCAUAAGUGUCCACUGUUCAGUAAAAAUGAUGACCUGCAUGUCAAAGCUGUUGAAGAAGCUGCAACAAAGGCUAGAAAUGAGACUCUAGCUAAGAAUCCCAAUAUUCAACUGAAACAUGAUCCAACACUCAUACUUCCAGAACGGACUCAAGAAGAUGUUCCUGGUCAACCUAAUGUUCAUUUUAUGUAGUGUGAUGAAAGAUAAUGAAAGAUUUGCUCCACCAGCUCAUCUGAUAUUCUGCUCACCAGAUUUUCUUCAUUUACAACUUCUACUAGGUGGUAUAGAAGAGCUGAAUAGGCUUGGAUAAUGUGUCAAGUCAGUAGCUCCAGGACUUGACAAAUGGCCAGAAGUGUAAGGAAAUUAGGACUGGACUGCGGCAAUGUGUCAGUAUGCGAGGGCAGGGAUGGCAGGACAUGGCAGAGGCAGCACCAGCAGCAGAGGUGCAUGCAAUGGCAGCAGCAGAGGCAGAGGCAUUGGUGGAGCAGACGCGACAGCACACCUUGAACGGGCCAGGGCGGCAGCACUGGGAUGAAGGUAAUGAGCUAGAGCUGCAGCAAGGGCACGAAGACAACAGGCCAGAGCAGAAGCAGUGGGACAGAGCCAGCAAACCAUGGGUCAGCAUGAGAUUAACAGGCUGGGCCAGCAGCUGCCACUGACAGAGGAUCAGCUUGUAGGUCAGCAGAAAGACUCACUAAUGGAUUGUCCAGUGACUGUUGCCCACUGGUUAGAUUGAAUUCCACACCAACUGGAAAUACCAGUGGCUCAGGAUCAACAGAGACUGCAAGAACCUUUGCCACAGUAGAGAAGACAAAGUGUCUUUUUAAUAAUUGAAAUAAUUUGAAAAAAAAAGUGCCAAUAACAUUAAGUUUUCAUCAUGUAGUGUUACUGAUCAGGAUCCUAUCUUUUGGGCAUCUGUGUCUUACUAUAAGUUAUAUGUGUUAAGACUAUC